CUUUUUUUUUCAGAGAUUAAGAGUAUGAGACUGAAACUUCCUUGAUUUCCUUCAUGUCAAAUCUCUUCCUUCCUUAUUGUUUGUUUUUGCAUCAAUGAUGGAACAAUCUUCUUCCGAGUUGCCUUGAAAUUGUUCCUUUUCAAUUCUGCCUCCACUUCUUUGUUGUAACGUGAAUUGGGUUGUGUAAAGAUUGUAUUGUUCAGAUGUUGAUCCCAAUUCUGACUGUAAAACGUGUAGAAGUACCUCAGAUUCUCAGUUUUCUUUUCUUUUUCAAGUUUAAGCAUCGAUGAUGUUAUAGGGUCUUAUCAUUGAGGAGUAUUCAUGGAAUUUGUAGCGGGGUUAGGGCAUUCAUUGAGACUCUAGGAAUCAAUAUUUCUCGUACAAAUGAGAGUGUGAGACCUGUCAACUUCUCAUCCUGCUAAUUCAACUUGAGAUGAAAGAGAGUAGAGAUGGAACAAAGAGUGAGAGAGUUACAAAAUCAUCUUCUGUUGGCUCACUUCCACUUAUACUGGACGUGGAUUACUUUAAGGGUGACUUCUCUUUUGAUGCAUUAUUUGGAAGCUUGGUAAACAAACUCCUCCCUUCAUUCCAAGAAGAAGAGACAGAUUCUUCGGAAGGCCAUGGCAGCCUUGGUGGCAAUGAUGUUAUACCCAAUGGGCACAUGCGAGUUCCAUCUGAUGUUGCCAAGUCAGCAGAGGGAGUUUCCACUCCAUUAUUUCCAGAAGUUGAUGCUCUCUUAUUUCUAUUCAAGGAUUCUUGCAAGGAGUUGGUUGAUCUCCAACAGAAGGUGGAUGCAAAUCUGUAUAAUCUGAAGAAGGAGCUUUCCGUUCAAGAUUCCAAGCAUCGCAAGACACUCUGCAAGCUGGAGAAAGGUGUAGAUGGCCUAUUUGAUAGCUUUGCCCGGCUGGAUUCACGCAUAUCUAGUGUUGGACAGACUGCUGCAAAGAUCGGAGAUCAUCUGCAGAGUACAGAUUCUCAGAGGGAAACUGCUAGUCAAACGAUAGAGCUCAUAAAGUACUUAAUGGAGUUCAAUAGAGGCCCUGGUGACCUAAUGGAAAUUUCACCUCUAUUUUCGGAUGAUAGUCGUGUUGCUGAGGCUGCUGCAGUUGCACAGAAAUUGCGGUCAUUUGCUGAAGAAGAUAUUGGAAGACAGGGCAUAGCUGUACCAUCAUUAGUGGGAAAUGCAACAGCAAGCAGGGGUCUAGAUGUUGCAGUUGCAAAUCUUCAGGACUAUUGCAAUGAAUUGGAGAAUAGACUGUUGGCUCGGUUUGAUGCGGCUUCACAAAGGAGGGAACUAUUGACAAUGGCAGAAUGUGCUAAAAUCUUGUCUCAGUUCAACCGGGGUACAAGUGCCAUGCAACAUUAUGUUGCAACUCAACCAAUGUUUAUUGAUGUGGAAGUAAUGAAUGCAGACACGAGGUUGGUUCUUGGAGAUCAGGGCUCACAAGCUAGCCCUAAUAAUGUUGCUCGUGGGCUUUCUUCAUUGUACAAACAAAUCACAGAUACUGUGCGACAGGAGGCUGCAACAGUAAUGUCUGUGUUCCCUUCUCCUAAUGAUGUCAUGUCUAUCUUGGUGCAGAGAGUUUUGGAGCAGCGAGUUACGGCGCUUCUGGACAAGCUAUUAGUGAAGCCAUCCUUAGUUAACUUACCUCCCGUAGAACAAGGUGGACUUCUACUGUAUCUUAGAAUGCUAGCGGUGGCUUAUGAGAAGACACAAGAACUUGCUAGAGACUUACAAGCUGUGGGCUGUGGUGAUUUGGAUGUUAAAGGCCUUGCAGAGUCUCUGUUUCUUGCUCACAAAGAUGAGUAUUCUGAGCUUGAGCAAGCUUCCCUGAGACAACUCUAUCAUGCUAAGAUGGAAGAAUUGUGUGCUGAAAGCGAGCAGCAGAUUGAUUCAGCUGGUUCAAUCGGAUGCUCAAAAGGAGCUGCGAUAGCAUCUUCCCACCAGCAAAUAUUGGUCACUGUAGUGACAGAAUUUGUACACUGGAAUGAAGAGGCAAUUUCUAGAUGCACUCUGUUUUCUUCCCAGCCUACUACUCUUGCGAACAAUGUGAAAGCAGUGUUCACUUGCUUGCUUGACCAAGUUAGUCAAUAUAUAACAGAAGGGCUAGAGCGAGCAAGAGAGAGUUUGAAUGAUGCUGCUGCUUUGAGGGAAAGGUUUGUGCUGGGUACAAGUGUUAGUAGAAGAAGGGUGGCUGCUGCAGCUGCUUCUGCUGUAAUUGCUCAACCAUGUGUGCCUUGUGAAAUUCCAAUUCUUGCAGAAGCUGCUGCUGCGGCGGCAGGUGAAAGCAGUUUCAGAUCCUUCAUGGUGGCAGUGCAACGUUGUGGUAGCAGUGUAGCUUUAGUCCAGCAAUACUUUGCAAACUCUCUUUCUCGUCUCUUACUACCCGUGGAUGGUGCACAUGCGACUUCUUGUGAAGAAAUGGCAACGGCAAUGUCUAGUGCAGAGGCUGUUGCAUAUAAAGGGCUUCAGCAAUGCAUUGAAACUGUGAUGGCCGAGGUGGAGCGAUUGCUUUCUGCUGAACAGAAGGCAACAGAUUACCGAUCGCCUGAUGAUGGAAUUGCUCCUGACCAUCGGGCAACAAAUGCCUGUACGAGAGUUGUUGCAUACCUUUCUCGUGUACUUGAGUCUGCUUUCACUGUCCUGGAAGGUCCCAACAAACAAGCUUUCCUAACAGAAUUGGGAAACCGCUUGCACAAAGGGUUGCUUAAUCAUUGGCAGAAGUUCACUUUUAAUCCCAGUGGUGGACUGCGGCUGAAGCGUGACAUAACUGAGUAUGGGGAGUUUGUACGCAGCUUUAAUGCUCCCACAGUCGAUGAGAAAUUUGAAUUAUUGGGAAUCAUGGCCAAUGUAUUCAUUGUUGCACCUGAAAGCCUCUCUACAUUGUUCGAGGGAACUCCUAGCAUCCGGAAAGAUGCACAGAGGUUCAUUCAACUUAGAGAAGACUAUAAGAGUGCCAAGCUUGCGUCAAGAUUGAGUUCCUUGUGGGCAAGUUCUAGUUAAAAUGGAAGUGUGUCAGCUAUUCAGCUGCUUGCAUUAGUGGAGACAAGGAAUCGCAGAGGUUCUUAAAGCUGCCUUUCAAGCUGUUUGGUGGUUCUGGUUGGAAGAAGACUUUGAGGAACCAAGGUUAUGUUAAACUAAUCCUGAUGGGAAAUCCCGAGUAAGGGAGUGUCUUGUACUGAAAAUUCAAUAAAAAUGAGAAGGAAAUGACCUGCAGAUUUGUUAUGAAUUUGAUAGUUAUAUGAAGUUAUAGCUCUUUUGCAACA